AUUUUUUUUUCUUUCUUUUUCUAUCCUUUUUCUUUUUCUUUUCUUUUCUCUUUUUCUUUUUAUACAAAUUCACAUCAUAAUGACAUCUUUACAGGAACUACGUCAACGACUAUUUCAUCCAUACUAUGUCUUACACUUUGUAUAUGGCUCCUUUCUUGUAUUUUAUCGUCUUUUUCAUCUUGUUCAAAACCGUCCUCUUACUGAUGUCGAUAGUAACGCUCUUUUGUUGAUGGUUGGUCUUGGUAUAUGGAAGUGCGUGAUGGCCUCAACAGCCGAAGAACUGACAAGUGUCUUGAUAUUGUAUACCAAAGUCUUUACAUUGUGGUCUCUUUACUGGAAUGCUGGUAUAUGGAAAACAAUAUCCUACAUUGUCGGAUGGAUAGUGCUGUCGACUAUAUUUCCUCAACCAUGGUACCGUGGACCAACAAAAUUGAUCGAACUGACUGAAUCUUCCUUUCGUAACAAAGUAUGUCCUGUCAAAAAGAAACCAACAUCCUCAUCGUCUUCAACAACUACAUCAUCACCAUCUUCAACAACAUCAACGGUUCCCAUCAAUGAAAUCAAAGGUCCAAGGAUUACCGAAAUCGAUGAUGAUAAUAAUAACAAUGUCAAAUACUGGGUGGUGAUGCUUUAUGCUAAUUGGUCCAUUUCGUGCCUGAAUUUUGAAGCUGUUUUGGCUAAACUCUCUUUACAAUAUGAUGCCAGUCAUAUCAAAUUUGGGAAAAUUGAUGUUGAUAUCUAUACUGAUAUUGCUCAAGAAUUUGGCGUAAGUCGAGAUCCUGCUUCUUUUGAUCUUCCUACCUUGGUCCUCUUUCAGAAUGGAACAGAAAUCAGAAGAUUACCUGAACUUACAAUACAAGAUGACAAUAAAUCAAAUACCAAUGCUGCUAAAGAUACCAUCACGCGACUAGGAUGGAGCAAGAAACCGGCUACUGUGAUUCAUGCAUUCCAAUUGGACAAGUUGCGGACUGAUCAUUCAUAGUGUACAUACCAAUUCCUUUUAUAGACUCUCUC